AUGCCUUCUACACAUCUUACUAGAGGAAUUGCAGCUACAACACCAUUAGCAGGCACAGGUCGUUUGAAUACAUUGGCGGAUCGCAUUUUAUGCUUGUUGGAAAAGGUGUCUGAUGAAGCCUUUUGGAAUGGUUUGUUUGGUGAACGAGUCUUGAAUCUGAUGAAGCGUUACUUUGGAAGCGACGUGGUGUUCUUGGGUUUUAUUGUCUAUCUUGCUCCUAUUGUGGGCUAUCAGUUGCACAGCUUGUUCUAUUACCUUCUCAACUAUGUCAAGGAGAGAAUGUAUGUGUCUAUUCAAAUCGCCAAAGACCAGACUGGAUAUGAUGCCAUUCAGCAGUUUGUGGCAACCAAAACUGCUCAUAUUCGUGAUUUGCGUGAUGUAGAGGGUCGAUGCAUUUACGAUGAUGAAGAUGAUGAUGACAUGCAGGGGCCUAGUCCUCCUCCCAAGCUUCAUCUCUAUCCUUUGGAUGAGAUUGAACACAAGAUUGUAUACAAGAACCACACACUCUGGGUUACCAAAAAGAAGAAUGGCGGCGUAGGCAAUCAAAAUGAGGGCUAUUACAGCAACAACAUCAAGGAUCUUCUCGGCAUGAUGAACAGCAAUCCCUGUAUUCAAAUUACAAUGAGAGGACAAGACAUGAAUUUGCUAAAGACUUAUGUGCAAGAAUGGAUUGACACCCAUUUCGAAAAGGAAUCUGGAAAAUUAACCAUCUACAAGUGCCAACCUACCCGCUAUGAAGGCUUUGACUGGAAAACCGUUGGAUCCAAGGAGCUUCGAUCCUUUGAGUCUGUCAUUCUGAAGGAUGGUCAAAAAGAGCGCAUUCUCAAGGAUAUUCAAACCUUCCGUCGUCGUGAGCACUGGUACUCCAUCCGUGGUAUUCCUUAUCGUCGAGGCUAUUUGCUCUAUGGCCCUCCAGGUACUGGUAAAACCUCGCUUGUUCAGUCUGUGGCUAGCAAAGUCAACAUGAAUGUCGCCAUCAUCAGUCUUUCUGGCAGUAUGGAUGACGAGCAAUUUAACGUGCUCUUGCAAGAAGUGCCUCGCAACAGUAUUCUGGUCAUGGAGGAUAUCGAUCACUGUGUUAUCAAGGACCCCAACUCUGAAAACGACACAAGCAAUGCAAAAAUUUCCAUGAGCGGUUUGUUGAAUGCUUUGGAUGGUGUAGUAGCUCAAGAAGGAUCCAUGGUGUUCAUGACUUGUAACAAUGUCAACCGCAUUCAGCCUGCUUUAUUGAGACCCGGUCGUAUCGACAUGAAGAUGGAGUUAGGCUAUGCCGACAAGACUCAAAUCAACAAGAUGUUCUGGCGAUUUAUGGGCGAGGAUGAUGUGGAAUUCUCUGAUGACGAGAUGGAAGAAAAGGAUGCUGCUGAAAAGAAGAGAGCCAAGAUGUACUCUGAGGAACUCAAGGCGCUUGCACAAAAGUUCACUGACAUGAUUCCCAAUCUACAUGUGACUCCAGCAGAGCUCCAAAACUUCUUUAUCAUGAACAUGAUGGAUCAUGAGGACUUUGAUGUGGAUGAUAGUGAAAAGACAACCGACUAUAGCUACUUGCUGGAUGCUGUACCUGCCUUCCUGGAAACUGUCGCAAAGGAUCGUGCACAAGCUUUGGAACAUGUUGCUAACAAGGGACAAAAGUCUACCGCUAAUACUAUUACUACUUCUGCUGAUGCCAAUAAUGAUACCACCACUGUAAAUAACACUGACGACAAGACUGAAUCCACUGCUGCUGAUGAAGAAGAUAGUAACACUGUGGUCGAUGAUGUAGCAGCUACUGUCAAAUCAGAUACCCCUAAACCCGUUUAA